AAAAAACAAAAACAAAAAGUUGUAAAAAUGGAGGAGAUUAGCAAAACAAUUGGACAAUUAUCAGCAUGGCAUAAAACUACUCAUCCUCCACCUUCUGAAUCGAGCUUCGAGGCUAUGGCUGGCAAUUCAUUUCAGGUAUGGAGAAAACCGUACUCGAAGAGCUUGCCCGAAACCGGGUCUAAUACCACCAGAACAGCCAUGGCUAAGAAUAGUUUUGUCCAGCCUUCAGAUGCUAACCCUAAUUCUCCUGUUUUAGCUAUAAUUGAUGACAACAACACAAAAAACCAGGAUGAUGUUGUUGAUACUAGUGAGCCUGUGGCUGUGGAUGGGAAUAAAUCCCAGUUAAAACGUCCUCGUAACGUUGACCAAAACGUGGAUCCUAGGAAACUCAAACGGAUCAUUUCAAACCGAGUUUCAGCACAGAAAUCGAGAAUGAAGAAGCUUCAAUAUGUCACGGAUAUGGAAAGGAGAUUGAAGGCCUUAGAGUCUCAAAUAGCAGUGCUAUCUCCUCAAGUUUCAGCCUACAAAAACCAGCAACAUAUGUUGCAAAUGGAACAAAAUAGCUUGAAUCAAAGGAUGACUGCUUUAACCAACAACAAAUUAAUCAAAGAUGCCCAAAUUGAAGAAAACAAAGUGGAAGUUUCAAGGUUGAGGCAACUUCAUUUGAAGUUGCAACAACACCAAUUGCAAGCACAAUCAAGGAUGCUAAAUUGGGAAUCUGGUGGAUUGGAACAAAUUUUGAACACCGGUCUAAAUGAACCUGGGUUUGGGCAGAAUAUUGGACUUCUAAACUCAAACCAAGCACAAGUGGGAGACGUCACAGCAGAAGUGAAUAACCUGAACAAAUUUAACAUGGCACAACAACAACAUGAAGAAAGACUGGGACAAUCAUGGACGGGUGGUAAUAAUUGGGAAAUAGCCCAAAGCAGAAUAUGCAAAACACAAGCUCCAACCAAUCUACAUUACUAG